CCAUCGCGAGACCAGACAACAGUUGCGGUGCUAGCUGGCUACACAAAACCACCUCACACUACACUUUCAUAAUACAACAAUUAACCGCUACGUAGGUAAAAUACGAGAUUAUUUACCGGUGUUUAACUGGAAAGGCGAGCUACACCAAAGAUACAUCUCACUUAAGGAAAAUGGAAACAGUUGCGGGUCAGAAAGAGAAGGCGAAGUUUGCCCCGCUGGUGCCCCGUGAGAAGAAGCCAGGACAAGGAGAGGUGAAAAAGAGUGAGAAUAAGUGGAAAGAGGAGGGGGGUGGAAAUAAGGAGAUAAACAUUGAUGUAGGAAAGAAGACAGGAGGAUCAUGUGAAGGAGAGAGAGGAGUAGAGAGCAAGGGUAAGGCAUCUGGGUUAGAGAAGAAUAGAGGAGAAUGUAUGAAGAAAGAAGGGAAGAAGAAGAUGCCAGAUACAGAAAAAGCUAGGGCUGCCGAUGAAGGGGUUCCCCAACAACAGGAAGGUAAAGAGGGAGAGAAAGGAGGAGGAGAGGGAGCGAAGGAGAAUAAAAAACAGAAAAAUAAGGAGGAAGACCAAUCCAGUAAGGAAACAGAUCAAGGGAAGGAGAGAAUGAAUGUGAAAAAGAAGAAAGAGAACGAGAAGGUCAGAAAGGAAGGGAAAGAGAUGAAAAAGAAGAGACAGAGGGAUGAGACAGAGAGCAAUAAGAAGGUGCUCCCUCUAACAGACAGUCAGUAUGAGGAUAUAUUUGAUAGUGCUACGGCUCUGGAGACACCUGUAGACAACUGUCUGGAGGAUGCCAGAGCUGUGCUGAGUGAGGUGGAGUUGCUGCAGGCCACAAUUGACCAGGUCUCUCUCAGGGAGGAAGAGCCUCCCAGGAGAGUGUCUGGUGAGAGAAAGACUGCAGCGUCCGGCUCACAGAGGAAGAGACAGAGAAAAAGGGAGGAACAGGAAGACAGCGACUCCAGUGCAGAAUUUGAUCAGUGGGUUCAGUGUAGUAGGUCUGUCUGUGGGAAAUGGAGGAGAGUGGAGAGACACGUUGACCUGGCUGCCCUUCCCAGCGACUGGACCUGUAUACAUGACACAGGCCCUGGUCUCUGUGAGGCUGCGGAGGACAGCUGGUCGGAACAAGAGUGUGAUGUCAUCAACAGCAGUCUGGUUCCUGGGUCUCUGGUCUGGGCUCAACAGAUUGGAUAUCCUUGGUGGCCGGCGAUAGUGGAGAGAGAUCCAGACACCAAGACCUUCUGCCAGUUCAACAGGAAUACUGACCUGUACCCUUGCAGGUACCAUGUAACCUACCUGGGGGAACCAGUCAGCAGAGCCUGGGUGUGUCGGUCUAAAGUCAGAAAUUACACAGAACUCACUGAGGAUGCCGCCAUCACGGGGAAGUCUCUCCAGAGAUUCAAGAAGAAGUUGAGAGAAGCUGUACGCAUAGCAACACAAGCCCAGAGUAUUCCACUCAAGAGGAGGUUGUCUAGGUUUGGGUUCUGGACUCAACAAAGGUCAGACAGAGAGAGCUCAGAGGACAGCGACAUUGCUGAGGUGAUGGAAAUGCUUCUGGACCAUGAAAAGAGCAGGAGGUCAGCAUACGUCAGAAAUAAGAAGUCAGCUGUGGUGAAGGCUGCUAAGAGACAGAGUGACAGAGAGCAGAGUGAGCCAAUUGGAGGGGACCUGAACGAGGGAGGAAAGGGAGUGAAAGAGAGAGCUGGAGAGAAGAAAAGAGGAGAGGAGGAGGGUAAGAAGAGAGUGAUGACUCCCUUGUUCUCCAAACUAAAGAAAGGCAGCGCGACCACGGCCAGACCAGCCCCUCCACCCAGCAAAGACCAGACUGUACCAGGGAGAGAGAAAGAGGAGAAGAGAGAAGGAGUGGAGGAGGAGAGAGCGGAAGAGACCAGGAAAGGAGAAGAAAGAAAGGAACUGAGAGAUGAGAGAAGCCUGGAAGAGGAAGAGAAGGAGGAGGAAGAAGGACAUGAGUCUGAUACGUCUGUUGCGGAGGAGGCAGUGAAAGAGGAAGGGAGAGAAACAGGAAAGGGAGGAGAGGAAGAACAGAUCAAGAAAAAGGAGGGGAAGGAGUUUGUAAAGUCUGUGUUUGGAGGGGAGGAAGGAGAGGAUGAACAGAUCAAGAAGAAGGAGGGGAAGGAGUUUGUAAAGUCUGUGUUUGGAGGGGAGGGAGGAGAGGAUGAACAGAUCAAGAAGAAGGAGGGGAAGGAGUUUGUAAAGUCUGUGUUUGGAGGGGAGGGAGGAGAGGAUGAACAGAUCAAGAAGAAGGAGGGGAAGGAGUUUGUAAAGUCUGUGUUUGGAGGGGAGGGAGGAGAGGAUGAACAGAUCAAGAAGAAGGAGGGGAAGGAGUUUGUAAAGUCUGUGUUUGGAGGGGAGGGAGGAGAGGAUGAACAGAUCAAGAAGAAGGAGGGGAAGGAGUUUGUAAAGUCUGUGUUUGGAGGGGAGGGGGAUGAGGGAGGAGAGGAUGAACAGAUCAAGAAAAAGGAGGGGAAGGAGUUUGUAAAGUCUGUGUUUGGAGGGGAGGGAGGAGAGGAUGAACAGAUCAAGAAGAAGGAGGGGAAGGAGUUUGUAAAGUCUGUGUUUGGAGGGGAGGGAGGAGAGGAUGAUUUCCUAGAUGAAGACAUGGAGAUUCUGGGCUGCAGAGAAGAAGUGAUGAAGAGACUAGCUCAGGAACCCACUCAGGAAGAGGAGGAUGACUUCUCUAUCAUGCUGUUUGAGGAGGAGUAGGGAGAGGGAGGGAAGACGGGGAUGAAGGGUGAAGAGAGGGAGGAGGAGAGACUUUUGGAGGAGAAGGUAACAGUCUAUCUCCUACUGUUCAGGUCAGGAACCGUUUCUAUUGUUGAUGUAAAUAGUUGAGUUCAGGUAUGUUUGUUAUGUGUUGGGUCACAUUAUUUAAUCAGUUGUAUAAUAUAAUAAACAUUGAAUUAUUAGUUUCAAACUUGUGAGUUUGUCUGGUUGUAAAUGGUGGAGAUGGGAGCAGCAUUGUACCAGUGUGUGUAAAAAAAAUUACUUUGUUUUGGAGUUUCAGAGCUGUUUGCUUCCUGCUAGCUGCUGUUUUUACAGG